UGCUCCAGCCCUGGAAAACUCGCGAGUUUGAAUGAAUACUGUACACGGCAGCAGCAUUAUGGAGGUGAGGGAGACACCGCACGAUGAAUGACAAAUACCACAAGGCAGCUCGGGAUGGCUACCUCGACCUGCUUAAGGAGGCCACACGGAAGGACCUCAACGCACCUGACGAGGAUGGGAUGACGCCGACCCUAUGGGCCGCCUACCACGGCAACUUGGGCGCCCUCAGAUUAAUAGUUGGGAGAGGAGGCAACCCGGACAAGUGUGACAUCUGGGGCAACACGCCGCUGCACCUGGCCGCGGCCCACGGCCACCAGAACUGCCUGUCCUUCCUGGUGUCCUUCGGAGCCAACAUCUGGUGCCUGGACAACGACUACCACACGCCCCUGGACAUGGCCGCCACCAAGAACCACAUGGACUGCGUGCGCUACCUGGACUCCAUCGCGGCCAAGCAGUCGGCCAUGGACCCCAAGCUGGUGGAGAAGCUGAAGAAGCGCGCCUUCCGGGACGCCGAGCGCCGCAUCAAGGACUGCGUCAAGAAGCAGCGCAAGCACCAGCGGCAGAUGGAGAGGAAGUUCCAGAAGGACGUGUCGGAGUACGCGGCGGCGGGGCUAAGGCCUUCCUCCGAUGCCAUGAGCUACUCCAGUUAUACAGGCAGCAUGGCCAGUCGCAAGCUGCUCAACACCAGCGUGCCAUACUCACAGGCCACUCUCCACGCCACGGCCCGGGGGAAGACCAAGAUCCAGAAGAAGCUGGAGAAGAGGAAGCAGGUGGAGGGGACCUUCAAGAUCUCCGAGGACGGCCGCAAGAGCGUCCGCUCGCUGUCGGGGCUGCAGCUGGGCAACGACGUCAUGUUCGUCAAGCAGGGCACCUACGCCAGCCCCCGCGACAACCAGCGCGGGCGUCGCAACGUACGCCACAUGUUCAACAACGACGACGCCGUCUCCCGUGCCAUCAGCGAGCCGGACCUGCACCGGGCGGCCGCAGCCGAGCUGGAGCAGUCCGAGGUCAGCACGGACUCGGGCCACGACUCGCUGUUCAACCGGCCCGGUCUGGGCACCAUGGUGUUCCGCCGCAACUAUGUCAGCAGCGGCCUGUUUGAUAUUGGGCGGCGCGACGAGGGCAGCCUGACGGGGCUGGAGGAGGCGAUGGCGCCCCCCGCAGGCAACACGGUGCGCCUGCGCAGCCGGCUGCAGCGCUCGCCCAGCUUGGGAGCGGAUGCGGACAGCAUCGGUAGUGCACGCAGCUUGCAGCAGCGCAACGCAGACGAGCUGCCUUGGGACGAGGUGGAGCUGGGGCUGGACGACGAUGACGAGGCCGAGAGCAACCCGCUGGAGGUGUUCCUGGCGGCCCACUGCAUGAAUGAGUUCAUGCCUAUCCUGCGGCGUGAGAAGAUUGACCUGGAGGCCCUGGUGCUGUGUGGUGAUAACGACCUGAAGGGGAUCCACAUCCCCCUGGGGCCCCGCAAGAAGAUGAUGGACGCCUGCCAGAGACGCCUGGACACCAUCGAGGACCCCGAGGCCAUGGAGGACACCGCACUCUGACA